AUGGCGGAGGAGAGCAACGUCUGCAGUUUUGUGUUCAAGAAGCGGGCCCGAGCCGCGGGCAGCGGCCGGCGAGAACGGCCUGGCAGUGACCAGGAGCGGGAGAGCAGUGGGGAGGAGGGCAGCAGCGUGGUGCGGAAGAAGCCACGGCGGGACACCCCCAACCCCAUGGUCCAGAAGACCAGGCGCUGCACGAGGGAGAGGCUGGAACAUGUGCUGAGCAGCAGUAGUGAGGAUGAGGAUCCUGCCAAGGAGAUCAGGGUAACCUACAAAUCGACCAGGUUGGCGAAACCUGUUGGCCAUGCAGACAUGGGAGCCACAGCAGUGUGUGAAUUGGACACAGAGAAGGAGAAGGAUGCCCAGGCGAUCUUUGAGCGCAGCCAGAAAAUCCAGGAGGAGCUGAGAGGAAAGGAAGAUGAUAAAAUUUACCGUGGCAUUAACAACUACCGGAAGUAUAUGAAGCCCAAGGACACAUCGAUGGGAAACGCCUCUUCAGGAAUGGUCAGGAGAGGCCCCAUCAGUGCUCCGGACCACCUGCGGGCCACGGUCCGCUGGGAUUACCAGCCCGACAUCUGCAAGGACUACAAAGAGACUGGGUUCUGCGGCUUCGGGGACAGCUGCAAAUUCCUGCAUGACCGCUCGGACUACAAGCACGGCUGGCAGAUCGAGCGGGAGCUGGACGAAGGCCGCUAUGGCAUCGACGAUGAUGAAGACUACAAGGUGAGCAGUGAUGAGGAGGACAUGCCUUUCAAAUGCUUCAUCUGCAGAGGUUCCUUCAAGAACCCUGUGGUCACCAAGUGUCGGCACUACUUCUGUGAGAGCUGUGCCCUCCAGCACUAUCGCAAAUCCCAGCGCUGCUACGUCUGUGACAAGCAAACCAAUGGGGUCUUCAACCCUGCAAAAGAGCUCAUGGCAAAAUUGGAAAAACACAAAGGGGAGGAAGAAGAGAAGCAGCAGUCAGACCAUUAA